AUGGGCUGCUGCGGCUCUGUACUGUCGCGUACCGACGAACCCUCCAUUCGACCCCAGAAUCGCACUAGCGGUCGUACACUUUCUUCCGGACAGCGGGCACCGAAUCUCCCUUUGAAAGAGCACUACAAUGAGCCGAUACGAGCUCAUGUGUGGACCAGUAAGCGGCGGGCCUGGACGCGCGCACAACUAGAUCGAGAGCGGGAGGAGUUCUUCGAUACUCGCGUCACUGGCCGGGCUGAGAUUUGGGCUGCAGUCUCAACAGCUAUUACACUAAUGCAAGCCGGCGAUAUCACUACCGCGCAGGGGAUCAUCGAUGCUGCCGGUAUAACCGUACCUACCGGGAAUCUCUGCGAAGGAUGCUACGAUGAACAAGGUGUGCUUUACAGACUGCCACAAUGUAUCGUCAGUGACCCGGAGAAUAUGAUAUCAUCCCAUGAGGAAGAGGAGGGUCGUGUCGAUGACGAGGAUCACGAAGAACUCUCCGAUGGUAAACUUGCGACAGACGAUGCCUCCGGGGAUGAAUUGAUAUCUCAGGAUGCGGAGCGUCGUCGUGAUGAGAAAGGGAAGACAAGUGAGCGUAAUUUGAUUCGCGUUCUGGCUCGUUUAAGUGAGGGUGGUCCGGACAUCCAGUUAGCCGUGGGUAAGGGCCAGACCGUGGGCUUUUUGGCUAGAAAAGUACACUACGAAGCGAAGCUUGACGAUGAUAGGCGUGUCCGCAUUGCAUAUCUGGGCCACUUCUUAAAUGAGAGACUGCCCUUAGUCGAACAGGGAUGGCAGGAUGGCCAUGUUGUUAAUGCUUUGGUCGUGGCACCUGCUUACAACCCAAGCAAGCGCCGACGCUAG